GUGCCGAGGGUUUGCACUUCAGUGCCUUUCAUUAGGUAUGAGUUGAUAAUGUUGACUAAAACUCUUGUGAUUCUACCAGAAUUUGGAGCGUAUUCUCCGAGACCAGGUGACAGAGAAUGCUCAUCUCCAGUCACGUGUGCAGGCUAAAGACACGGAGCUAGCUACAGCGCAGCAGCAAUUGAGACGUAAUGAAGAACAUUUGCAAGCAACUGAGAGGGAGAUGCAGACACUCCGACAAGAGCUCACAGACAGGGACAGGGAGAUUGCUCGGAAGGAUGAGGAAAGUGAGAGGGAGAAGCAAGCGCUCAGACAAGAGCUGACAAGAAAAGAGACGGAGCUGACGGGAAAGGAGGCAGAGGUGACGAGGGCAGAGGAGACUAUCAGGAGAGAGCAGCAGCAGAUUCAGGAGAUGAGACAGAGAGAGACUGAGUUAGUGCAGGCCAAGGACAGGGAGAUGGCUCUGCUUCAGCAGCAACUGGGGGAAAAGCACUCUUACACAUGUCAGGUCAGUGGACCUGGUCUAACAUCAGCCACAGUCAACCAACCAACACACGUCCUAGUCCAACUAACUGACUCUAGUGGUAGACCAUACUCACUUCCACUGAAUGUCACCGCACAACUUGAGCUCGUUUCAAAAGCCACACCCACAAAUCAACCUGAAGCCACACCCACUAGUCAAGGGCCUUGGUCAAGAAACAGCCAGAAAUAAACGGUAUCGGUUGCCAUGACGUCUCCCUCCCAAUACGAGGUGUCGUACACACCAGUCAGUCGAGGCCAACACAAACUCCAUGUUCAAGUCAACGACAGAGAAAUCAAUGGCAGCCCCUUCACUGUGACCGUGUACCCUGACCCCAGACAACUAGGCCACCCAGUGAGGACUGUGACUGGAUUGAACCGUCCAUAUGGCAUUGCCUUCAACAGUCAUCAGGAGAUGAUUGUCAGUGAAUGUGGGGUCAUAGAGUGUCUAUCUUUGACAUCAGAGGACAGAAAAUCCGAACAUUUGGAUCACAUGGUGACAGUCCAGAUCAGAUGGAAUACCCUGCAGGCAUAGCAACUGAUGAUACUGACAAUAUUUAUGUGAGCAGUGAGCACAAGCUGCAGAAGUUCACUAGCAGUGGGUGAACUGAUCAAAUGUAUUGGUCGGAGGGGCAGUAAGGAGGGGGAGUUUAAUGAUCCACGUGGAGUGACACUGUAUGACAAUCAAGUGUAUGUGUGUGAUCGCAAUAACCAUCGCAUUCAGGUGUUUGACCUCGACUUGAACUUUGUCCGAUCCAUUGGCUCACGUGGCAAAGGAAGAGGUGAAUUCAAUGCACCACAUGAUGUCAAAUUUGACACUGCCGGGAACAUGUAUGUAGCUGAGUGUGGGUAAUGGGAGAGUGCAAGUAAUGGACACCAGUGGCCAAUUCAUACGAGUAUUUGGUCAGGAAGGAGAGGGAAAACUGCGUCGGCCAUCAGGUCUUCAUAUUGUUGACAAGUAUGUGUAUGUGUCUGAUUUCAGUGGUGAUUGUAUUGUAGUGUAUGAGACCUCAGGUCAGUUUGUCACCUCAUUUGGAAGGCGUGGUCAGAAAGAGGGAGAGUUUCGUGGUCCAUUCUGUAUCACCUCUUGUGUUGAUGGUUUUAUACAUGUAUGUGACUGUUGUAACAACAGAGUUCAGAUAUUCUAGAACACCCAAUGCUACUGCCAUCCAUACAUUUAUCAUAACAGUCGAUCUCUAGACCACACCCCCUUUUCCUACCACUUGUUGCUCUCCUUAACACGUCUUCAGACACAUUAUAUAACCACAAUGCCUUAUUAUCCCAUGUUUCAUGUAAUUGUAUCCACUAUCGUCUAUUGUAGCAUAAUAAGGCGUCUAAAAAUUGUGUGCUUCAGUGUUUAAUAUUGUACUUCAUGUUUGUAACAAUGUGUUAAUGGUGCAGUUCUCUGUAAACUAUUGUGAUGAUGUGACAGUUGAAUCACAUAAUAAUAUUCAUCAUUUCGUUAAUUAGCAUGUUUUGUAGUCCGUCUCUUGUUCUCAUUUGUAAUAACUCAUGUAUUAUACUAUUCGUGUUAAUUAGUCUUGUAGUCAGCACUCAUGUAAUACUGUGUCUUUCAUUAAAAUAUUUCUCUCUUAUGCAACGAUCUUGAAAUAUUACAGUAAUCUGACAGUUUUUAGAAUUCACACGUAGUUUUAUUCAUUAUGUGCGGUUGAUAUGCAAAUGGUAUUAUUUAUGUAUAGGUUUGAUGAUGGCAAGUAUGCUCUAUGAGCGGGCAGCCCGAAUAGAGCAUACUUGCCAUCAUCAAACCUACUUGGUACAUGUC